AUGGUUUCUGAAAGUAUCUGCAAAUCAGUCGCUAGUGAUCCUGUCUGUAAGUUCUUCGGCAAUUGUGCUUUUCAAGGAUUGAACGAAGACCUGCCUAUUCCCACUAAGCCCUGUGUCAAGGCCUGGCUGAUGAACCAGAGUUUUGCAGGAGGCGUGGCAUCCGAGAGUGUUGGUUUUCGAGGUGUCGAGUCGUCUGGUAUUAUCAAUCAUCUCCGCAAAAUUGGCGCCACUGAUACUGCAAUGUGGUUGGCUGGGAAACGUAGCAAUGAAAUGGCGUCUGACCAAUCAUCCGAGAAAGCCCUUUUACCAAAUAAUCAAUCGAGAGGGGACAAUCUUGGUGAAAUGUGGCUUCGGGACUAUUGUGAGCAAGCUGGGAGUUCACCUAAAACCGAAGAAAUGGACAUUCAGGCCGCAAAGCGUUCUAAACUGGCUAAUUUAUUAUUGGAUAGUCAACAGAACUUCGAGGCAGAUCUUGAGGCCAUUCUCUACCGCUCUCCAUUUGCCGUGGGUUGUCGACUGCAGUUAUUGCGAAUUCUUCAGCCGUCACGUUGUUGGUUUUCAAUAAAAUCUUCUUUCCCAGUAAAUACAGUCCUAGUUGCCCCUCUCACUGAAGAACGUGGUAUUACAUUACCACGUGGGUUGAUAUCAUCUCAUUAUGAUCUUAAAUAUGUUCCAUGGUUUAAAAUUCCAAAAAUAAAUAAGAAUUGCAUCAAGCGUCGAGUAGAAUAUAAUGAUCAGAUGCAACUGAUUCGACACAGUCUGGAUGUAAGGCAAAAUCGCCUUAAUCAACAAUUGCUUUAUCAGUUUGCCUUCUCUUCUUGCUUAAAUCUGGAUUCGGAAAAUUCAUCUUCAAUUAUAAUUCUUGAUUUAGGCUGCGGAUCGCUAUUACCCUUCGGGGGAGAAAGCAUAAUAUCUGAAGGAGCUUUCAGACUUGGUUUAGAUCGAAUACUCACUCCUCAAGCCGAACUGAAUUUUGUUCAAUGUUCAUUGGUUAAUUCAAGGUUAGCUUUACGUGAAUCGUCAAUUGACUAUUUGGUGUCAAUUUCAUUUGUCCAAUGGAUAACUGCGAGAGAAGCCCGUGGACUUGUAAAUCUGUUUAGUCGUGAAUGUAUUCGUGUGCUGUCGAAUAAUAACGGUGCUGGAGUUCUACAAUUUUAUCCGGCAAACGAAAAUGACCUUGAUAUGGUUUGUGAAUCUUUGGCCAAUGCAAAUCCAUGCGUCAGAGGUUGCCGAAUAUGGGCUAGGCCGAUCGAAAAUCGGGGUGUUAAAAUUUUUGUAUAUUUUACUAAAACAUAG